UUCAGAUGCAAGUGUGCAGGAUGAAUCAACAGUCACUAGUCUGACAGCAAGCUGCAGGUUAUAAAAAAGGGAGUUUGUCAAGAGAAAAGCAACAAAACACAGUCAGUAGAAGGUCAGGGUGAAAGGGAGAUUAGUAGCUAGUCAUGACCAGCUUGCUAUUGUUAGCCAACUCACCUUCACUGCGAACGACAGUGUUACUGCUGGUGGUGUUGGUAUUGGCUGCAGAUUUGAUAAUAUCCUUGGUUUCAGUAAACGCUCGAUCAGCACUCAGUUCUCCACUAACAUGUAUCGGUUAAAAAUAGGUUGAUGUCACUGGUACAUCAGCCAACACUGCUAUCCCUCUCAUUUAUUUCUCUUUUUUGCUCCACUUUCACUUCAUUUUCAAAUUUCUUGGACUUAGAGGCCCGUGAACUACGGCCCAAUUAACCCUAUGAUUUAUCUGUCACUGACUGUAUUAGCUACAUGCCACAAACCAGAGGCACUAACAAGCUCUGCUAUUUCAUUUCAAGCUUUUUUUUUUGUAAUAAGUCUAUACACAUUUUGUGAGGCUCUAGCCUAGAGACUAUAGAAAGCAAGAUUAUAAAUCUAUACGACGUCCGCAAUAGUUAAAGUCAAAACAGUUAUUUUGAAAGCUACGGUAGCAGGUAGCGUGGCCGAGCGGUCUAAGGCGCUGGAUUAAGGCUCCAGUCUCUUCGGGGGCGUGGGUUCGAAUCCCACCGCUGCCAACUUGUUUUGAAACAGUUUUUCUUGACACAUAACCAAAAUGAUGAAUGUAAUUUAAUGUAUAAUAAAUGUAAUUGACCGUUUUCGUACAUAAUAAUAUAAUCUCUCGACUAGGACAGUAAAACAUUAGAAAAGAGUGUCCCUCGUGACUGGUCUCUUAUUUUGAAAACAAUCCCCGUAAAUUGGAAGUAAUUUUGUGUCUUCCUUCACAACUCUUCAGAGAAGCCGGUUAAACGUCAGUUGGUAUUCUGCCGAGGUCUUUGGAACAGCCUUUUCAUUAUAUGUCAGUAUUAGACUUGUGCUUGUAAAUGAUCUCUUAUAUAUGUUUAUGAUUAUUAAAAAUGAAUAGAUCAAUGAAGCAUGAUAAGGGUUGUUCUUUAACUCUUGCACUGACUGUGUGCUCUGCUGCUAUUGGGGGAACUCUUCAGUAUGGCUACAACUUGGCCAUCGUCAAUGCACCCACUACCUACAUCCAGAAGUUUAUUAAUGAGACGUGUAUGGAGAGGUGGGGCACAGCUCUGGAGUCCAAUCAAUUGGUCCUUAUCUGGACCAUCAUAGUUUCUGCCUUUUCCCUUGGGGGACUGUUUGGGUCGCUGCUUGCUGGCCCAAUGGCAAUCCGAUUUGGUCGCAGGCAAACCCUGUUGCUGAAUAACUCAUUCCUUUUGGUUAGUACACUCAUGGUCCUGAGCAGUCGCUCAGCCAGAUCGUUUGAGAUGAUCAUCAUUGCUCGUUUGCUUGUAGGAGUUAAUGCGGGCGUGAGCAUGAAUGUCCAGCCUAUGUAUUUUGGGGAGAGUGCUCCUAAGGCCAUGAGGGGUGCUGUCGCCUUUUCCUCUGCUGUUUUCACAGCCAUGGGAAUCCUGCUGGGACAGGUGACAGGUUUGACUGAACUGUUGGGGAGUGAGGCUCUCUGGCCGUAUCUUCUAGCCAGCAAUGCUGUUCCUGGCCUGCUCCAGCUGCUCACUCUGCCCUGGUUCCCGGAGAGCCCUCGCUACCUGCUCAUCGACAGAGGCGAUAGAGAGGCCUGCAGUCGUGCUCUUACCCGCCUGAGGGGCUGUAAUGUGUCUGAUGCUGAGAUGGAGGAAAUCCUGGAGGAGCAGAAAGCAGUCGGUGAGGCUCGAGCCAAAUCACUGUGGGAACUACUGUCUGAUAGUAGUCUUCGGCGUCAGCUGUGCAUCGUCAUGGUAGCCAGCAGUUCCAUGAUGCUCUGUGGGAACGACUCCAUCUACUUCUAUGCCUCAUACAUAUUUCAGGAGGCAGGAAUACCCAUGGAUAAGAUCCAGUAUGUUACCAUUGGCACAGGUGCUUGUGAAUUCACUGCAGCUCUAAUUUGUAACUUACUGAUUGAAAGACUGGGUCGCCGCUUGCUCAUUGUUGUUGGGUAUGUGCUCAUGGCUGGCUGGGCAGCGGUGUUCACUCUGGCUCUGUCUCUGCAGGGUAAAGUGACUGGCAUGCCGUACCUGGGCAUGGUAUGUGUCUUUGCUUACAUCCUGAGCUUUGGCAUGGGUCCUGCAGGGGUAACCGGGAUACUGCCCACCGAGCUCUUCAACCAGAUGGCUCGACCUGCAGCUUACAUGAUGGCCGGCUCCAUGAUGUGGCUCAACCUCUUCCUGAUGGGAAUGGUCUUUCCUUUCAUAGUCAACAGUAUGGGCCAGUUUUGUUUCAUUCCUUUCUGUGCUGUGUGUGUGGUCUCAUCCAUAUUCAUCGGUCUUGUCUUACCUGAGACAAAAGGGAAGACUAUAGCUGAAAUCACUGCAGAGUUUGAGAAACGUAACACGAAGGCCUUAUCUAAUUCAACACAGGACCACUUACAGCUACAGGAAUCUCAACAUAUUAUCCAUCUGAAUUCUGAUGAUUGAUAGAGUUCAUACAAAGUGAUUAUACCAUUAUUUUACAUUAUUGUCCUUGCUGGCUUUGCAAUAUCACAUGAUAUGAAAUAAGAAAUCUGUGUUAUAUCCCCUUUGUUGAAUGUACAGUCAUUUGUUUUGGGAAGACAUUGGAUUUUUCUAGCAGACACCAUUUUUAAUUUUUAAAUCAUUUCUGAGUCAGUUAUUUACACCUGUGCAUAAUGAAUUUGCUGCUUGAUGGUAAUCCCAGUGUCAGUGUCUGAAUAAAUCUAAAUAGAGGACUUUAGGCAUCUUAAAGUUUGCUAAUUUCGCUGAUGGCAGCUUGUGAUAAAAACUGUGAUUAAAAACUACUCAACAGUGUCUGCACAGAAACAAGAACCCAUACCUCCAGUGACACAGACACUGGGUAGCCUGAUUUUACUGACAAUCAAAUUAUGUCAGAUUUAUUCUUUCUUCAAAAUGCAUGAUUGUACCAAAAACAAACUAUGCUGUCUCUGUAUGUAUGCGAGUUAAUAUUUUUGUAGGCCAUGACUUAUUUUUGACUGUGUAUGCACUGAUAAAAAACAUUGUACAGGACAAGCUAUUUAUGACCUAAUUUAAGUUUUAAAAUGUAAAAGUUAUAUUUUUGUUGCAGUGUAAAGGGACUGAACGAUAUGUAAUAUGUUAUUUCAAACUCUGAGAUUCUCUUCCAAUAUUCAAAUGCUACUACAUUAUUAAUCAUGGUGAUCUAUACAUAAAUUAUAGUGCCUCCUUUAUUAGAAAUGAUAUGAAUAUAUAUAUAUA